GCAGAAGUUGGCAAGGGACAGAGUCUUCCUUGGAGGACAGAUCUGCCCCUUGUGCAAUGUGUUUUUUAAACAGUUCGAAAAGCACUUAGAAACUGGCCAUCCAGACAUCUCUUCAGUUAAGAAGAGCAAAAUUGUUAAAAGAAUGGAGAGAGAGGUCCCCAUGGGGAAGUUGCGAGAGCUGGAGCCCAGCAACCCUGACAUCCCCAUGGUGACCCUGAAGGAUGAGCCGCAGCGCAAUUCAGGAAACCCCAUCGCUCCUGAGACCCUAAACAUAAACACCCACCCUUCUUCCCCUGAUGUGACUGCCACCCCUUCCUUCAGCUCCUCUCUCACUCCUGAAUAUUCAAGCCCUCACAUCAGCCCUCCUAGAAGUGCCAUCCCUGCCACGCCAGCCACCCCUUCAUAUGAGCCUUCCCCCCCACCCAUCGUCCCUCCCUCUCCUGCCUCUUCAGCCUACGGGGGAGGCUUAUUCAGUCCCCUCCUAUUUAGUGAGGAUGAACUCAGUAUGUUGGAGAACAUGGGUGAGUCUUAAGCAGUAACUGACAUCUUAGUUAGUCUAAAAUGUGCAUUCCAACUCUGAAAACUAAACCAAUGCUUUGUUUAAACACAGACAUCCCCACCAUCACUCUAGAGGAGGAGGAGGCCAUUGCUAAUCAAAUCUACAACAUGGAGAUUGAAGAAAUCAAGAAUCUGGGUUUCAGGAUGUUGAUGGACCUGUAGAUUUUUUUUAAUUGUAAAUAUGUUGUAUGAAUCUCU